CAUACACCUUCUUUCUACUACUUCCCUGUCGACACAAGCAAUCUAAACCUUCUAAAACCAAACCAACCAAUAGAUUUCUAUCAUAUGGCCCAUCACCAUCCCAUACCAAUAACAUAAAAUAAAACUGUUCUAUCAACCAACAAAACUAAAUCACCCUCUCUCUCUCUAAAAAAAAUCUCAUUUUUAUCCAAAAAAAUAAGAGUAAAAGCAACCAACUUGAUUAACAAAAGAGUAUAAGCAACACCAAAAUUGUUGCUUGUCAAAACCAUUUGAAGGAAAUUUACAAAAGAAUCAAACCCAAGAUUGAAAUUUUUCAUUUUUAUGAAUAACAAGUAAGGAACAAGAAAAAGAAAGUAGUAGUAUAGUAUAGUGAUGAAGUGAUAGAGAAGAGAGAGAGAGAGAGAGAGAGAGAGAUUUAUGAAGAGUAACGAGAAUUGUGGAAGAAAGAGUCAACCUGGGAAAGCCGGGAGAGUAUUUGUUGGAAGGUAUAUUGGAUUGCAUCCAUGAAAUCACAGCGGCACUUUCAUUUCCUAAUAGAAUGAGUGAUUCGGUUUACAAAGUUGAAACAACACCACGUCUUGCUCAAUGGAGAAUCGAAAACUUGGCUUCUUGCACUUAUCGCAAAUCAGAUCCUUUCAAGAUUGGAAAUUGGAAUUGGUAUUUGUCUGUGGAGAAACACAAGGUUGUGUUUGUUAAAUUGUUUCCUGAAAUAUCCAAUGUCACAAGGGACAAUCCUCCAAUUGCUUCUUUUAUUAUGCGUGUGGUUAGUUCUGCUGUUGGAGAUCGCAAAGCUCUCACACAUCCAGAGAUCAAGGACAAAGUGAUCAGGAGCAAUGAGGAUUUUGUUUGGUCAAUUGAGGUUCCAUUGUCUGGCAAAUUCAUUAUUGAUGUAGAUUUCCUUGAUUUGAAGAUUGCAACACCAAACGGGGGAGAGCCUUGUUCCAUAUGGGCUGGUGAAGGAUUUACUCAAGACAAAUCAAAUGCAAAAGCCCUAAGAUCACUUGGUAUGAUGCUAGCAGAAGGAAUUCACACAGACAUCACCAUCAACGCUUCGAAUGGAAGUAUAGGAGCUCAUCGAGCUGUUCUUGCUGUCCGGUCGCCUGUUUUUUGCAGCAUGUUCUCACAUGAUCUUAAAGAGAAGGAGUUGUCGACCAUAAACAUCACAGACAUGUCAAUCGAAACGUGUCAGGCGUUUCUCAAUUAUCUUUAUGGGAUCAUAAAAAAUGAAGAGUUUAUGACACAUAGGCUGGCCCUUCUGCACGCGGCUGACAAGUACGACAUAUCUGAUUUGAGAGAGGCCAUCCAUGAGAGUCUGCUAGAAGAUAUCGAUUCGAAAAAUGUACUUGAAAGGCUUCAACAUGCAUCACUGUAUCGGUUGACGAAACUAAAGAUGAACUGUAUCAAAUAUCUUGUUAAAUUUGGUAAAAUAUUUGAAAUUCGGGAUGAUUUCAGUACUUUUCUUCAAAAUGCAGAUAGGGAUCUCAUUGCUGAAGUCUUCCAUGAAGUUCUUGGUGCUUGGAAAGGAUUCUAAAGAUCUUGCAACUUCAAAGAAAGAUAAUUUAGAAGGCUUGGUCUUAUUUGCUAUGCCUAAGAAAUAGAUUAUUUGAAUCUUUUAUGAAGGAUUGAUUUGCUUUAUGAACUUAAUUCUUUUGCUCAAUUGCAUUUUUUUCCUGAUUUCCUUGUACAUAUUUAUGUUAUGCUUUUAAAACAUAUACCACAAGGUAGUAUUGUAUACAAAAAAACAUGUACUUUAAACAAAAAGCAGAACAUAUAUUUGUGAAUGUAAAUGAUUUAUGAAUUAUGGUAUACUUUAUUGUUAUAUUUUA